AUCCGUCUCCCUGUGGAGAAGACGUGCGUUGGUGUCAUCUUGGAAUGUUGCUUCAAGUGAACUACUUCGGCGAUCAUUUCUCUCAUACCUGUGUUAGUAGAAUCAGUUGCCGUUGUCGGCAAGAAUGGAUACAGGGCCCACACAUUCUCUCGUCAAAUAUGCGAGUUUGAAAACCGUAGAUCUAAGCUUUGAAUCUUCAAGUCCUGACCAUCGAACGGGAAACCGACCGAAGGCAAGAUUCUAAAUUCAACAAUGAGCCAAAAGGAUGCCGAUAACUCGUGUGCCGACUCGGUCCACACUGACGAGGGUGUUUCAAGCGGUCAUCUAACCACCCCACCCACAGAUCUCGAAGAAGAUGGCUUAACUACAGAGCAAUUAGAACAGAUAUGGAGUUGGAACACGCCAGUUCCUUCGACGUUGAAGAUCUGCAUGCAUGAGUUGGUGACAGAGCAAACGAACAAAGAGCCUAAUCGACCAGCUGUUCAGUCAUGGGAUGGUACAUUUACAUACCAAGAUGUGAACUCCAAAUCCGACCAGCUUGCGGCCCAUCUUAUAUCAGUGGGUGUCGCGAUAGGGUCAAUCGUACCUUUAUGUUUCGAAAAGUCGAAAUGGACCGUCGUGGCUGUAUUAGCGGUCAUGAAAUCCGGGGGGACGUUUGCGCUGAUGGAUCCGAGCCAACCUGAAGGAAGACUGAGAACUAUCGUUGAGCAAACUGGUGCAUCUACAAUUAUUACGUCGAAACUCCAAGAGAACCUAGGUCAACGCAUCGCUCCGAACGCAACACACAUAGUCCUAUCCGCUGAGCAGUUUCAAAACUAUGACACCUCUUCAAGUUUGCCCUCUGUGCCAGUUAGUACAAACCUCUACAUACAGUUCACAUCGGGUAGCACGGGGAAACCUAAGGGUGUUAUUAUAACGCACGAGAAUUAUUCCAGCGGAGCGAUACCACGCGCAAACAUAGUCGGAUAUCGCGCACAUUCGCGUGUUCUUGAUUUCGCAUCCUACGCUUUCGACGUCUGUAUUGACUGCAUGCUCUGCACAUUAUCAGUCGGGGGCUGCCUGUGUAUUCCAUCGGAUGCCGACCGAGUUAACGACCUCAGUGGUGCAAUACGAAAGAUGAACGUCAAUAUGGCUCAUAUGACACCUUCGGUCGCUCGUGUCCUAGACCCUGACAUUAUACCCUCACUCGAGGUCCUUGGACUAGGAGGGGAAGCUAUAUCUGCAGGGGACGCAGCUGCUUGGAGUCGAAACACAAAAGUCAUCAAUGCAUACGGCCCUUCAGAAUGUACUGUCGGUUGCGCCGUAAAUGGCGACGUCGGCGCUGAAAGUCAAAAGGCUCAUGUUAGUAUUGGUAGAGGAGUUGGAGGAACACUGUGGAUUGUUGACCCUUCUAAUCAUCACCGAUUGAUGCCUGUGGGUUCAGUGGGUGAACUUCUAGUUGAAGGCCCUAUAGUGGGACCUGGGUAUUUAAAUGAUCCUGAAAGGACAGCUAUAUCGUUCAUCGAUGAUCCGAAAUGGCUUCUUGCUGGAAGCCCGCAGAACGAAGGUCGCAGAGGACGACUGUAUAAAACCGGAGAUCUUGUACGAUACGAUUCAGACGGAACAAUUAUCUUUGUCGGUCGAGGCGACCAACAAGUAAAGCUACGCGGCCAACGCAUAGAAUUAGCAGAAAUCGAGUACAACAUGCGAGAUAAAUUACCACCGGGGACUCGGGUUGUUGCUGAAGUUAUCAGACCUGGUGGACCUGCUGGAGAGCCAACACUAGUCGCAUUCAUCGCGGAACGCGCAGGACUUGUAUCAGAAAUAGACACUCUCCUCGGGUCAUUAUCUCCACAGGUCCUAGAAUCUCUCAAGGAUAUGAACACGGCACUUUCGGAAAAUUUACCGAUAUAUAUGGUCCCAGCAGCAUAUAUUCCAUUAGAAGUCAUGCCUUUGCUCGUAUCAGCGAAGACAGAUCGCAAGCGCCUUCGAGAGCUAGGACACUCACUAAGUAGAAAAGAUAUCGCUGGUUUCGCAUCGGCGACCGUACCCAGAAAGGAACUCUCAACCGAUGCGGAAAAGAAACUCGCUCAGUUAUGGAACCAAGUCCUUGGCCAGGACACCGAAAUUGGUGCUCAUGAUAAUUUCUUCAACAUAGGAGGUGACUCGCUUCGCGCAAUGAAGCUUGUAGCUCAUGCACGGACUCAAGGUAUCGCGCUCACCGUCGCUGGCAUUUUCGCUAACCCAGUGCUCUCGGAUAUGGCCCUCAUCGCGAAACCUGGAUUUAGUGAAGUUAGCGUUGGGAUUCCGCCGUUCUCUCUACUUAGUGAAGCCUGGUCCGAAGAAUCCGCUCGACAAGAUUGUGCUGCUCUCUGCGAUAUUGAUCCUUUAAGAAUCGAAGACAUAUAUCCCUGCACGCCUCUACAAGAGGGACUUAUGGCUCUGUCUGCUAAGAUCAGCGAAGCCUAUGUCGCACAACGUGUAGUCGAGCUUGCAAAUGAAACAACAGCGCAGAAUCUUGCAAAGGCUUUCGAGAAGGCAUCCAUGGAUUGUGCAAUCCUUCGAACAAGAAUUGUCCAAGUUUCCGGUUAUGGAUUGAUGCAAGUAGUUGUUAAAGAUGAUUUUAACCGCAAGCAUCUUUCCGGUCAAAGUCUUGACGAGUAUUUGGUUCAAGAUCGGAGCGACCCUGUCCAACUUGGCAAACCUUUAGUUAGAUAUGGUGUAAUAACCAAUGAAAAAUCAACGGGAAGGUCGCAUUUCGUCUUGACAAUGCAUCACGCUCUCUAUGAUGGGUGGUCAAUGCCUCUCGUAGUUGAACGGGUCAAUCGAGCAUUUGACAACUUACCAACCGAAAGACCAGCCGAGUUCAAGCACUUCAUCAGCUAUCUAAACAACAUGAACCGCAAAGAUUCGGAGUCAUAUUGGCGAGAACGGCUAGAUGGUGCCGAUGGCGAACAAUUCCCCUCUCUUCCCUAUUCAGGUUAUCAGCAACAAGCCGACUCCCUUUUAGAACACUAUGUACACACCGAAAAACCUACCAGCGGUAACACAAUUGCCACAAUAAUUCGUGGUGCUUGGGCCUUAUUAGUCGCGACAUACACAGCAUCGAAUGAUGUAAUAUUUGGGGAGACACUUACCGGCCGUAAUGCCCCGAUUCCAGGAGUUGAACAGAUAGAAGGGCCUAUGAUCGCGACGAUACCAAUCCGAAUAGCUGUCAACCCUGAAGCUUCUGUCAAGGAAUACUUGCAAGAUAUCCACGACCAAUCAGUUGCUGGGAUUGCCCAUGAACAUUUUGGUCUGCAACACAUAAGACGCCUAAGUCCGGAUGCUCGAGAAGCUUGCGAACUGAGAACUGGUCUUGUGUUACAUCCUAGCACCGAUGCGGAUACUAAUAGUUCUGGCGAUAAACAAUUAGCAGAUGGCUUUGUACCAGCAGGUGAUGCAGAAGCAGCGCAGGAAGCACUCAAAUUCAAUACUUACGCCCUGAUGUUGGUAUGUUCCUUGGAUCCACAGGGCUUUUUAAUCAUGGCGAGUUUUGACUCUAGGACGGUCGCAAGCCCGCAGAUGGAAAGAAUGCUCCGCCAGCUUGGUCAGAUAACGCAGCAAUUUAUUGAAAACCCCAGUGCCAAAUGCGGUCAACUUCAGUCGUUCCUAACUGAGACAGAUAUGUCUGAGCUCACUCGCUUAAGUCGACUCGGCCCAAGAAGCUUUGCUGUCACUGCUUUAGUAUCGGCUGAUUGUGAAGUAUCUGAGACAUGGAUUGUUGAUCCGACUGACAUUGAACGAUUGCUCCCUCCUGGCGCGGUGGGUGAGCUACUUGUGCGAUGCUCUGGAAAUCCCGACUUGGAAUUAAUACCAUCUUCCAAGUGGGCAAAUGAGGGUCACAAUGGUCAAAUAUACAGAACUCAAAAGCUCGCAAAAUAUGACGCAAAUUAUUCCAUAUCUUUCAUUGAACGGACAAAUUCCACCAAAACAUUAACCGCCAGUUCACAACAAAAGCGUGUAUCGGCAACUUCGGCUAAGCAAAAGAGUCUAUUGCAAGCUUGGAGUAGAAUCUUGGCAAUUGAUGAAGACGAAAUUGGAUUAAACGAUAGCUUUUUCCAACUCGGAGGCGACUCAAUCGGAGCCAUGAAACUAGUAUCUGAGCUUCGAUCCAAGGGCUUGGAGUUGACAGUACCUGAGAUUUUUAAGCACAGAACAUCGUACGAUAUGGCGAAGGUACUCAGAGAAGGGAGGCGAGCGGGGGUCAAGUCGAACGAACUGAUUUCAUCCCCGUUUUCCUUACUCAACGUUCCAGGUGUGGAAACAUUUAUCGCAGAUGCUGUUCGACCACAUAUCGCCCAGAAAGAUCAUAAUAUUAAAGAUAUCAUACCAGCCAGGCCAUUGCAACAGGUCGCGGUCAAGGGUACAAUCCAGCUCCCUCGAUACUCUGCACGAUACGAAUUAUUCCACUUUGACGGGCAUGUCGACGAAGAGCGCCUCCUCGGAAGCUGCCAGGAACUUGUAGCCCAGAACGAAAUUUUGCGCACGGUUUUCGUAGAGAGCAGUGGGCAGUGCCUCGGCGUUGUCCUCGAAAAGCUUGAAGUGGCAAUCGAAAAAUACGAAAUCGAAGGGGAUUUAGACUCGUUCGCUCACAAAUUAUGUGAUGUUGACGUCCAGACUAAAAUGCCUUUAGGUUCAGCUUUCGUGAAGUUCGUAUUUGUCCGAGGAGAGGGAACCAAGAGUUGUCUCAUCUUACGCAUCUCCCACGCACAAUAUGAUGAGGUCUGUCUCCCCGGCCUCAUACACCAGCUAGCAUCCUUGUACGACGGCAAGCCCGCUUUAAAUUCCAUCCCAUUCUCGUCUUUCGUAUAUCACGUCGUCGGGAAAGGUAUUCCGCAGAGCAUUCCUUACUGGCGAGACUUAUUGAAGGAUAGCUCUCUCACGAUUCUGCGACCUAAUCUACCUCUGAGUUCAAAGACCCCUGCUGCAGUCACCCGAACAAUUGAUAUAUCUGCACGGCUUAAGGAUAUAACGGUCGCUACGCUGCCUACCGCGGCAUGGGCUCUGUGUCUCGCGAGGCGCCUCAAGCUACGGGAUGUCGUAUUCGGCGAAGUGGUUAGCGGUCGGAAUAUCGACUUCGCGCACGCUGAUGCUGUCAUGGGACCGACAUGGCAGUAUGUUCCUGUGCGCAUACGAUUCGAGGAAGGAUGGCGGGUUAUAGACCUGCUUCGACAUGUACAGCAUCAGCAUAUCGCGAGCGCGGAGCAUGAAUGUAUGGGACUCGCUGAAAUAGCACGCGACUGCGACGUGGGUUGGCCCGAGGGUAUCGACUGGUUUGACUCGGUGGUACAUCAGGAUGUGAGUCACGUCGAGAAUUUGAAGCUGGGGGGAGAGCUUGGAGCCAUAGACUGCCGCCUCGAGACUGUAUAUCCGCAUCUAGAGCCACUGAGAGAGUGGAAGGUACAGGCCUUCGUCGAUGGGGACAAUAUGACGCUGGAAAUAGUCACAUUCCAGGAUUGGAUAGGGGUAGCGACAGGCCUGUUGGAUGAACUAGAAGAAAUCAUGGGGACAUUAGUGCGAAGGCCAGACGGGCCGAUCUUCAAGUGAGUGAUAUAAGGAUUUAAGUAGAGUAAAUAUCCAGGAUACAUAUAUAGGAACGCAGGUUUUUAAGUAGAUACUUCUUGUUAUAUUAGUCGUUCUUUUAGGGUCAUGGAAUACUUCCCAGAUUUAACGAGUGCCUUAUGAUGCUGGCAUUUUGAUGUGAAGGGGCUUCAGAUAUAGAUGUAAGAUUAAGUAUAAAUCUGAACUUACAGGUACUGUUGGGGGGUAAAUGAUGUUGUAUUAGGAUUAAAGUUGCAGCCCGAGACAGUAGAAAUUUAUUCGAAGCUCCAAUUAGUCAUCGC